UCCGAGGCGCGGCGCGGCCCGCCCCGCCCCCCGGGCGCCGUGUUCUCGCCGGUCCCCCGGGUUCCCGGGCUGGGCCGGGGGGCCCCGCUGGGCGGAGUCUCCCUCCCUUCCCGCCUUUUACGUCCGCGGCUCCAGAGUGGGACGAGCCUAUGGCCAAAAGGCGCGCGGAGGAAAGCCUGGCCUUCCACGCGCCGUGGAAACGGUUCCGGGCGUGCGGCCCCGCGGAAGAACCGUCGGGACCGUGCAUGGCGGGCCGCCGACUGAGCGCCUUCGGGCAGUCCAGCAAGAGGAAGCGGGAGGAGGCGGCGGCCUUGCUCUCCGACUCGCCCUGGAAGCGUCACGGCCUCCUGAGAGUUCUGCGAGGCGACGACGGCGGGCGCGGAGGAGAUGAGAGACGCCAGGAGGAGGCGGAGCGCGGCGCUGAGGGACGUGGCGGCGAGGAGGAGGAGGAGCGCGGUGAGGCGGGCGGCGAGGAGGAGGAGGAGCGCCGAGAGGCGGGCGGCGAGGAGGAGGAGGAGCGCCGAGAGGCGGGAGGAGCAAGAGCAGGAGGAGGAGGAGGCCGCCGGCUGCCCGGGCCCCGACUGCAGAGGGAGGUGGAGUCAUCUGAGCACGACGAGCAAACCGACGACGGGAGAGAGGCGUGGCUGGCCGACGGCGGGCCGGGGCUCUCUGAGGUACUGGCCGGGACGGGGGCCGCGGGCCGCGGGGGGGGGACCUCGGACCCUGCCCUUAAGGCGGAGCCGGCCGCGCUUUGCCCUCGGACGGGCGGUGCGAGCGGGAGGGACGGGGCUCGGACGAACUCUCUCGGGGAAACGCCCAAUGAAGAUUAUUGGCAAUAUAAUUCAUUCCUGUACUGGAGAAGUCCCAUACCAGCUAUUGAUCUGUCAGAUUUUUUGAAUUCUAGUGGAGAGACCAUGCAAGAAUGAAGUCAUUGAGGCUGAAAUAUAUUCUGAUAGAGAUUUGAUACUGAUGUAUUAUAGUUUAUGUAUGUAAUUUCAGGGUGCUCAUCUCUAAAUUGAUCUAUGUUCUGUUCAUUAUUUCAACUAAGAUUUGAGUGCAAUAGUAUUCUUCCAAAUCUGGAAAAGUGAGGAAAAACCUCUUUUAAAACGUGCCUCCACUCGUCGCUGAACUAUUUGCUUAGGGUCUCUGAGUAGGUCAGAAAAAAAAUUCAGUUACAUCAGAAGUAUUUUAAAAAGUAAAUUCUUAAAGAAGAAAUAUCUGCAGGCAUUCUUAAGUGGACCUAAAAUAAUUUAUAAUGUCAGAAGUAGAAGAGAACUGUCCUUGCACCUUCAACCUCAACAAAAUUGUUUUAACUGUUGUGAUUGACGAUCUUUUCAUUCAUCCCUGUUAUUGAUACACGUUAUAUUUUCACUGCCUCUCGUCAUCUACCUUCUUUAGUUGAACCAAAAAAUUCUAUGCAAACAAAAUUGACUACUUGAAUGUUCUCUUUCUGAGAACUACUGAUCCAUUUUUGCCCAAUACUUCUGGCCUGUAAAGAAGCACAGAAUACAUCUAUUUCUGAUUUUACAUGUCUGCCUCGCUUUCUGUUUAUCAUUUAAUUUAAAUGUGUUGAGUUGUCACAGUAGCAUUUGGAGACAGGUAUAUAGCUAUGAAAAAUCAUUAAGGGCUCCAUUUUUUCAAGGUCUACAGAAGAAACUAUUGAAUCCAAUAAAACAAUGCUUUUUUCUUUUAAUCGUGUUUUGUUUAGACUAAUGCCUCUUAUUCAGUUUUUAAUUUAUUUUCAAUGUAUUGUGGUAAACUUGGCCAGUGUUCCAGAAAAAUAAAAUUUGCAACCUGCAGCUAAA